CCAAGCCAAUAUGAGGGUACCCUAAUGCCUUAAUGCCAUUAGUUUAAAAGGUAUAACGUUAGACGUAUAUACCUGCAUUGCCAAAAAGGCAAUUUUUUACUUUUUUACUAACUUCUUCUAUCCCGCCCUAUUAGCACUUUUCUAAUACUAUCCUAAACAUAGUAAUACAUUAACGAAAUGGGCAAGAAAAAAGUGCCCAGCGAAGAUUUAAUUGUGCCACCGCAAGAUAAUCGCAUAUGUGGCACUAUAUGCGUAUGUCAAAUGACACUUGUGCUCAGUUCGGUGGCAUUGGUGUACUUGACAGUUGCCAUUUAUAUGCCAUCAACGCGCGCUUUCAAAAGUGGUAUCGAUCCAACUCCAGUCAUGUGCACAACAACACGUGCUGUCAACAAGGACAACUGUGAAUGGGGUUCGUGUGGUGAAUGGUGUCUGAGUAAAACUUCGGGCGCCUGCAUACAAAUCUAUGUGAAUUUACGUAAUAAUGGCACUAACAUUACCUUCCAAAAUUGUACGAACUCAGCGAAUAAAACAUGCUAUGGCAUUGAUCAGGACCGUGCCGAUAAAGCGCGUUGCAUCAAUGAUGAAUGCAAAAAUUUGACAGGUACUUUUAAUUGCACCGCAGGACAGUGUCUGAAUAUAACGGAUGCAUUUGAAUGUGUCUUUCAUAAUAGUGAUUCACCAGUUAAGUGUUCCGGGCGGCGUGGUAAAAUAAAUUGCAUGGAUAUAAGUGGGUUAUUCUCAUGCAAUCGUGGCACAUGUAGGAAAAUACGCACGCCAUACAACUGUGAUCGACGUUGUGUGGAUAUACCAACUCGUAAUAAAAAUGUUGUGGUACUAAGUGGCGAUAAGGUGUAUCUUUCGCAGUGUCAAAAUGCAAUAAAUGCAGAUACCGAAGAGGAAGUUUGGAAUGAAUCUGCUGAUAAUGUAGUAAUGACCUCAUGUUAUUUCAUUAAAAAUACAUCAGAUAGAGUGGAAGCUGUUGAUUGCAUAAAUGGCUCCACACUGGAACACAAUAUGUUGACUGAUUUGACAAACUUUACAUAUCUCAGUCAUUUGCAUGCAUCUGUUGCUGUACCAAUUCCAGAAAUUGCACCACCUGAUGUCGAUUUGACCAUAUCCAAUGAAUCAAAAUUAAUGAUUAAUUUGGAAGGUUGCGUAAAUACGCUGAUGGAUGAAUGCAAAGAAUUUCUUAAGGAUUUCGGACGCGAUGGUAGCGAUCACAAUGCCCGAGCACGCUUUCCAUGUUUUUAUUCACCAUUAAAGAAGGAUAUUGUUGUUGCACGUUUCGAUUUGGAAGUUACUUACAGGCAAUUUGUUGUUGCUUCAAUAGUACCAUCAGUUCUCUUUGUUGUGUCCUGUCUUGUGCUAUUGUUAUGUCAAAAAACGGUUUAUGUGGGGGAUGAUGCGAAAAUGCGAUUUAAAGGCUGUGUGGAUACGGACACAAUAUUAGCUAAAAAUAACAUGGGCUCACAAAAUAAUUUGGGCGAUACUGGUGGAGGAGGCGGUGACGAAGUUAUGGCACUAUGAGAUCC